GAUUAGGAAAAUGAGAGCAGAUGGAGAGAGAAUGUGAGCGAGCCUGAGUGUUUCCUGAAAGGAGGAUAAAAAGAGAGAGAGAGGGAGAGAGAGAGAGAGAGAGAGAGAGGAGACCCUGGGGUGGGCUGCUGCAAGCGGCGGGCAACACCGAGCCAUGGAGGGCGAUGUGCGUGUUCGUGCGGUGGUGAUGACACGUGAUGACUCCAGUGGCGGUUGGGUGCCCCUUGGAGGUGGUGGCCUCAGUCAUGUGGUCAUAUGUAAGGGGCGGAGUCAUGAUGGCAGGGGACGGAGGGAGUACAUCAUACGUGGAGAACGGCUGCGAGAUCGAGCACCGGUGCUGGAGUGUGCAGUGCAAAAAGGGUUAGUGUACAACAAGGUGAACCCCAUCUUCCAUCACUGGCGAGUAGAGGAUCGAAAGUUUGGCCUUACAUUCCAGAGCCCUGCCGAUGCCAUCUCCUUUGAGAAAGGGCUUCAGACUGUCAUAGACAAGCUCGACAGAGGCUCUGACUCGCCCUCAUCCUCCACGCCAGAAGAGGCCGACACUGAGGAUGACGGACAAGCUUCUCAUACAGGAAGUGAGUCGUCAUCCAACAGCAGAAAGGAGAUGCUUCCCAAACCCAUCACCAUAGUGACAAGCGAGUCAUCGUCUAGUUGCUUCGUGCGGUCGGAAGAGUUUAGUUUUGGAUCCAGCCAUGCUGUAACCACGCAAACACCUGCUCAGAUCCACACCAGGUCGGGCCAGCACCAACUCUCACAAAUGACGGCUGUGUUGAAUCCCCCGGCGCCCCCGCCCCCACCUCCUGCUCCACCUACUCCUCCUGUAGGUCCCCCAGCCUCAUCUCCCCUGUCCCCCCUCUCACCCACUAUUUCAUUGCUGGAGGAGGGAGACCUGCACAGUGUGGACCCUUGCAAAGACCUGUGGGGUUCUCGAGGUUAUGAGGAUUACAGACGGGCAGGGGCCACAAGGACUAUGGUUGGGGGGCUGACUGGCGGUGUGGUUGUUGGUGGUGGAGGAAGCCUGCAGGACAAGUCAGAGCUGUGCGUGGUUCGCUUUGAGAAGGAGCUGGCGGGAGUGGGUUCGGCGGGCUGUGAUGUGACUGUGAGCCUGGACAGUAAAGCCUCCCAGCGUUUAUCCUCAUCGUCACCCAUCUGUAUGUCCAUGCCCAAUGCUGUAUCCGGCGUGUCCUCAGGUGCCGGUUCACCCCAGGAGACGGGUAAAGGCUCGCCGUCGCCCUGCUGCAUCCACACAUCGCUGGCCACUCCCCGGUCGCGGACUCGUAAGAGAGGAGGAGGGGCCAGUAGUAGUGGUGACCCAGGAGCAAUCUCUCCCGAUGAUGACAGCCCGUGCCCUCAGGCUUCAUCGUCAUGCUCGUCUCGCUGUGUGUACUGCCGCUCUGUUUUCAGUGCUUCAGAGAAUGGGCGGGGCCGAUGCAGAGAUGCCCCAGACCCGGCCCUGCACUGCCUGCGCCAGUGGACCUGUGUGUGGUGCGCAGAGAGUCUGCUCUACCACUGCAUGUCGGACUCUGAGGGAGAGUUCUGGGAGCCUUGUUCAUGUGAUGACUCAAUGGGGGGCCACCCGCAUCCCCUCUGCUGUGCCCGCUGGUUGGCCCUCCUGGCCCUGUCUCUCUUUGUGCCCUGCAUGUGCUGCUACCUGCCUUUGCGCGCCUGCCUGCGAUGUGGGGAGAGGUGUGGCUGCUGUGGGGGAAAGCACAAGGCAGUCCGAUGAAGCCAGGCUUUUGGGAGGGAGGGGUUUCCUGGACCGAGGGGGUUUGGGUAUUGAGAGAAGAGAGCAUCCGUUAGGACGCAGAAGGUUGGCCCUAAAUAGGAACAGUGCUCUCACUAGACCCAGACCUCUGGCCCGCCAAAGCCCCACAGCCUUCCGCUGCAUUCGGCUCUUUCUCUUUUCAACCUGGGGCCUUCCUCACUGGUCCAUGCCUGCUGUAGGUGCAUUGCACUCAGACCAGGCUCUGUGGGAGUUAUAGUGGAUUUAUUGAGGAGUGGCUGAUCUAGAGUUAGCUGUCAGUGACUUUAUCACAGAAAGAAGGUGGCAGAGGCAACAGUGAAGUGUACACUGUUUCAAAUGUCCGUUUUUUUUUUAUUUAGAAAGGAAAAAAAACUCAAAAAACAAAAGAUGUU